AUGAUAGGUGUGGUCGAUGUCGAAGACGAUGAAGUCGAUGAGGCUGAAGUUGAAGAUGAGGACGAGGCACUGCUUGUAAUGUCUGAGUUCACGGCAGACGAGGAAGAUGAGGACGACACUGACGACGACAGAGCUGACGAUGACGAAGCCGACGACGACGAGACCGUCGAGGAUGGCGCUGCUGUCGAUGAUACCGUCGGUGAUGCCGAAGAUGAGCUCAUGGAGGAUGACACGGAGGACGAGCUUGUUGACGCAACGCUUGAAGUGCUCGAGACCGACGAGCUACUUACAGUAUCACCGGAAGAGCUCGUUGACGAUACGCUCGAGCUGCUAACACUUGUACUCGAGCUGCUAACACUUGUACUCGAGCUGCUCGCACUCGCGUUCGAGGAGCUAGUCGCACUUGCGCUCGAGGUGGAUGCACUUGUGCUUGAGGAGCUAGUCGCACUGAUUGAGCUGUCAGAGCUUGAUGAGCUUGAUGUGCUUGACGGGAGAUCUGACGAUGAUACUGACGAGCUACUUAAGGAGCUGCUUGUAACAGAACUUGCCGUUGACGAAACUGUGGACGACGUUGACGUAGAGGUGGAAGUGGACGAUUGGCUUGACGUGACAACCGAAGACACACUCGAUGACGACGACGAAGAUGUAGAGCUACCAGAUGAUGAGAGGACGGGAUUGUACUUGUACAAACUCAGGCCAUUGGGGCCGCCACAGUAUUCAAACUUGUCGGCGGAGCAGACCAUGUUGCAGCGUCCAUCCGUGGCAGGACCAGAUUGA